GGUUAUUUGACUAUGACGACACACGACAGGUGAAAAGAGCGUAGAGGAAGGACAAAGACAAGCGAAGCAGACCAAGCAAGCAAGCCAACAACGGCACCCAACACAGCCAGUGUCGGUCGCAGUCGUCAUGGAGCAGCAGCAGCAGCAGCAGCAGCAGCCGCAGUCGAAGCAGCAGCAGCGAGGGCCGCGGUCAAGUGUUAUGAUCGCGUUGCAUGAUUUCCAGCCCCAACAGAGCGGGCAGCUGCCCUUGGUGCAAGGGCGCAUGUACACGUUGCACAUGAGCCACAAGGAUGGUUGGGCACACGUCACUGACACCCACAAUCAGUCUGGGCUGGCGCCUGCAGCAUACUUCAAGGAGGCCGCCCUUGUUGCAGCUGAGAAUCUGCCGUGCUUUGUGGGCCAGGCAAGCAUCGACGUCCUUUCUUCAAUCCUGAAGAAGAAAAACGUGGGAACGUACUGUCUUCGGGAACGACGGCGGAAGCGUGGCACACUCUGUCUCCUCUUCAAGACCAAAGGAAAGAAAGUCGAGGAAUUGGAGAUUCGCACGUGCACCAAGGGCUUUGCGCUUGCUGGUGACACCGUGCCGCGCAAAACGAUUCAAGAACUACUGGACUUUUACUUGGCCCAUCAAGUCAAAGACGGUUGGGGUAAACUGAAGCGCCCACUGACCAACAAAGACUUGCAGAAGGCGCUGGAAAAACAAACGGGAAGAUCCCCUCGCACAUCAUCGCCAAAGCGCACCGCCAAAGCUGCAGCUGCUGCCACAGUUGCUCAGCCACAGCCUCAACAGCCGCCUACCACCACUACCGCGACAGCGACAAGCACCUUCAGCGACGAGGAGAGACAGUGUCUGCAAGCCCAUGUCCAUCACUCUCUCGAUUUCAUCGCCAAGCUUCCCAAAAGCUUUCAAUAUUCAGACCAGCAGAAACAGGUCAUCGCGACUCUGAAGGAAGUGGAAGCGAAGAUGCAGACCAACCAACUGAUCCCCGCAGAUGUUCUGUCAUUCAUCAGUGAUCUCGACGUGUCCCGCGUGUUCAAGCGUGCAUCACAGUCAUCGAAACUUGGAACAACGCAUAAGCCCGCAACAACGGCGUCUGCAGGCGUACCAUCGCGUCCAUCCCGCCCCGCGCCGCCGCCACCACAGCGCAAGGGCUCACUCGCCACCCGCCCUGCACCACCGCCGCCAUCAUCAGCGUCAGCAGCGACAGCCUCGGCGACGGCAGCCGAGUCAGCUGCUCUCACCACCACGCCUCCACAAGCGCCAACUUCACCCCAUCACAACCGCAAGCCUGCCGGCGCUGUGGUGCGGCAGGGCUCGCCACUGAAGCAAACGGUGCAGGUGUCACCGCCACCGAGUCCAACCCAGCCGGUGCCCGCACCCGUCCUCUCCGUGGUUGCUCCUGUCGCCACCACCGCGCCAAGCGCCGAGCUUCCACCACCGCUCCCCACCCCGUUUGCAGAUGUUGAAAACGUCCUUCGGAACUUGAAAUCUGAGGUGAUCCAGCAAAUUCGCGACGAAAACGACAUCAGCUACAACCAAUCAAGGGGGGCACUGCUGUCUGUGCUUGACAUUCUCUGGUCCCACGUGGACGACGCACAAGUGCUGUCGCGUGUUGGCGGCGUGAUGGCAGCGCCGGAUUCCCCCAUCGUGGGCGGACAGGACGAAAUCACCCUCACCGAGCUGUUUGAGCGCAUCAGCGGGUACGCGGAGGACGCACAGCAGCGGGGCUGGGCCAUCGACGAUGACACGGCGGAGAUCCAUCAGUGCCUGCAUCAAUUUCGGCGGCUUGUUGACGACGCCAACCCAACUGUUGUGAUGCGCCUUGUGCGGCAGUGGCUCACACCGGGCAGGACGGGCCAGUACGAGAUUGUCGAGAUCCUCUCCGUCUUCUACCAGAUGGAAACCCGCGUGGAUCUUCGCCUUGAAAUGUUGCUUUUGCUCAUUGCUCUCAUCAAACUGGACAUGGACGUCAUCCCUAUCCUUCAGCUUACGGUGCUGCCGAGCGAGCUGGCGCGGGACAUCAUGGACUCGUCCACCACGGACAAAGAUCUGCAACCAAAGAUCCAAGCGUCGUUGGAGCUGUUUGCGCUCAUUUACAGCCAAGGUCACAACGCCCUCUCCUCUCAAAAUGCGGCAUACCUGCAAGAGACGUUCCUGCCGCAUCUCCUGUCAAUGUCCUGCGGUGCUGUUGCGACACAGGCAGAGCAAGCGAUUUGUGACGCAGCAAUUGUCGCGUUGCUUGCGCUCAACAAACAAGUGGUCAAGCCCGCGACCGGAUCACAUGCGCUUGUGAAGGCGAUAUCAGAGCACGACGUGCGGGCCAUCAGCCACAAGCUGCUCAUGUUCAUGAACCGGGGAGAGGACCCGGUGGCCGCGCUGCUUGGCGUGGAGCCUGACUGCGAGCUGCAGCCUGCAGAGCACAGCGUGAUGAAACUGUUGCAGGAUGUUUUCUCCGACGCGUCCUCAGGGGACCGCUUUGCGUACGAGGCCGAUCUGCUGCUGCUCGUCGAUAUUGUUCUGCGCGAACUCCGCGAUCGCGAAAUCACCGACCCUGGGCUGUAUCAGUUCCUGCGGCUCCUCCACCAAAUUGUCAGCAACACAAACGGCUGGAAGAGCAUGUAUGGACAAGUCAAGGAUGGGGUGGGGUCCUUGUCGGCCAAGGAACACGUUCCGUACUCCGUCAAACCCCAGCUGGAGAAGAUCUCAGCUUGCCUGGAGGCAAAACAGUAAAACGCCCUGCGGCAGCAAUGCAUGAUGAGGAUGUGUUGAAUGUGUGGUUCGUGUUCUUGCCGAAUGUCUUUGAUUGUUGCUUCGGUUCUACGCAUGCACAGUGAUUGGUCGCGUGUUUAUUUCCUUAUUUCUUUUGUGUGCCGCACUGGGUGUUUGCACGAAAAGUAAUAACAGAUGUACCACCGUUUAAGCGAGGGGCAUAGAUGACCGA